AAGACAUCAUCGAAACGUCAAAACACUGCAACCAAGAAAUGACAACAACAAAUUGAGGCAAAUGAAUGAAGAUUAGGUUUCCAUUCAUUGUCAUUGUCACUCGCUAAUCGCUUUCACUGCACCUCAUCAUCAUGCCGGUAAGCUGAGCCUAGACGCAGACGUCUAGCCGGAGCACCUGUUUUUAGGCAUACCACUCGACUCUAUUGGACCACAAUGCCGUUGUUGGGAACAUGUCAUUACUGCCCGUCAAAACUCAACAUCGAGGACCAGCACCGCCCUUCACUGCCCCAGCAACUGAUAUGGACAUUAUUGACGAAGCAUUAUACUAUUUUAAGGCAAAUGUGUUCUUCAGAACAUAUGAAAUCAAGAGUGAAUCCGAUAGAGUUUUAAUUUACCUUACACUAUACAUAACAGAGUGCUUAAAGAAGUUAUCGAAAUGCUCCAACAAACAGCAAGGCAUGCAGGAUAUGUAUGCUUUAGCAAUAUCACGAUUUGAUUUGCCUGGUGAAGCUGGAUUCCCUUUGAAUUCUGUGUAUUCAAAGCCCGCUAAUCCCAGUGAAGCUGAUCUUAUGAGGCAGUACCUUACCCAGUUACGCCAAGAAACAGGAAUGCGUGUUUGUGAGAAAGUAUUUGGCACAGAAGAUGGCAAGCCUUCAAAGUGGUGGCUGUGCUUUGGCAAAAAGAAGUUCAUGGACAAAUCACUCAGUGGACCAGGUCAAUAGACCAAUGUAUUUGAUCAUCGAAGGAAUUUGUAAGUUUGUUUCUUAUUUUUAUUAUUUUGCUGAAUAAUUUCAGAUCACAUUAUUAACUUUUUUGUUAUAUAAAAAUGUAAACUACAUGCAGUUUUUUUAACUAUGUAUAAAAAUGGUGAGCUCAAUGAUGAGCAUCAUAUUAAAAUAUCUAAGAGCCAUA